AAAGAAGAAGACACGGGCAUGGCGGUGGGCAUGUGCGCCCUGUAUGCUUGCGCCUCUCAAACAAUGGCAGCGGUGCGCAGCAGCAGGAAUAGGAGUCUUGGAGCGGUUACUUCCGGCCGGUCAGCACUGCUAGUGCUGACGCUGGCAGCUGUCCUACUUGCUGCCACCGGUUUGAAUGCUGUGGAAGGCGCCCCUCGACCACCAAAAUCUCCAAAGCCAUCACCUCGCCCGCCAUCGCCUCGGCCACCAUCACCGCGCCCGCCAUCACCGCGCUCAUCAAGCCCGCCACCACUGCGCCAGUCUCCACCCCCUCCACGCCCAAACAAGGCACCCCGUCCGCCCCCCCCUACCCCACGACCCGAAGGUGGCCUCCGAUUGGUUCGCGGGACAGCGGGAAAUGUUGGGCGGCUGGAGGUGCAACUGACCUAUCCCGACGAAUGGGUUGCUCUAUGUGAUGAUGGCACGUUCACUGCCUACGAGGCCGGGGUGGGUUAUUACAUGCAUAUGUAUGCAAUCAUGCGUUGUAGCAGUUGCUCACCUGCUGGUGCCCUGCCUCCCCUGCCUCCUUUCCUCCCCAUCACAUGGUGUCUUUACUCGGUGCUGGAUGCACAUGCUUUCCGUUGGCUGCUCUUUUGCAAGAUGUUGGGCUACUCUUAUGGCCGCCAGUUCUAUGCCCAAGGCAUCAGCACCUAUGGCCCCGAUGAAUCCGAUCCGCCCGAGCCUCGAGGGAACUUGGUGUGCACGGGUGAUAAUGAUUCCCGGCCGCCAUAUGCGUUCUUCUCGCAAAUGAUCAAUUUCACUAGUCAGCAGGAGGUGUCAUGCCAGGCGUUCCACGUUGCCUGCCCCCGCAACAUGUUGGUAGCAAUGGAAUGUUCCAAGACGCCGUUUAAAUAUAAUGGGCCUCCACCGCCGCCAUCUAUCCCCAGUCCGCCACCGCCACCACCCCCACCGCCCAGCAUGCAAGAUCUCAUCCGCCUCAUCCGUCUUAAAAUAUCAAGCCCCUGGGCGCCCGAAGGGAUUGUCGUGCUUUUGGUCAACUCGGCGGAUGGUGGCGAGCCCGUAUGGGCGCCCUUGUGUGCUGAUGGUAUAGCUGGAGAGGAUACGAUUGCUAACAUGCUGUGCAAGCAGAAUGAUGGCUUCCGUGACACACCCACCCGUAUGGUUGAAGGAUCCGCGUGGAAGGCAAUCGAGAUUACACAGGCAUCUACAAUCAGCGAUUUUAACCCUUCCGAAUAUUCACACUGGGUAACGGUGGUGGGCGGCAUCAGCAGCAGCGCCUACACAGUGUACGACACACAGUUGCAGGUGACAACCCAGCCCUGCUCCUCCGGCUACCUGUUCCACGUCGUCUGUUAUACUAAGAUGAUGGAAUUUUAAUUAGCAUAAGGCUGGAAAUCUACACAAGAAACUUCACAAUUGUUGGAAUGUGGCUAUCAAUCAUAUACCCAUAAGAGGGAUCAAAGGAAACGAUUCCGAAGAGUAAGCUUAAUCCUUAAGGAAUUUCGCUGACAAAAGGGCAUGGUUUCCUCGCGUAUUGGGCACAGUGCUGAAAGGCCGUUGGUUCUACGCUCGUCGGUAGUGAGAAGUCUGGGAUGGAGCACUAGGGGGGUGCCCAGAGUGAGAGAGUGGCACUCGUGAGGGGAUGUUGGAAUUUGAUUGGCACUGUCAAAUCAGUGUAUCGUGUCAGCAGUAAUAGGAACCAAUCUCUAGAUGCCACCACUACAUGCUGAUGGACGGGAAUGGACCUGCAGUGGCCUGCCAGGGUAACGUUAUACCCCUUACUUCCCACCACCCACAUAAGCACCGCCUCACAUUAUCCACUUGGCUGCAAACCAUAGGGUCCUAGACAACCAGGACGUGUGUUCAUACCAUGUGUUAUCUGUCCUUCUGCUGUGCCACAGUGUGUUGUUCAUUGUGUGUUUGCUUUCGCCAUUUGUAGUAGCUGGCUGCUGAAAAGGCCUCUCUAGAUGCUGGUGGUCGCGCUUCGCGCGUAUUUAUAUGUACAUACAUAUAUAUAGCAUUUGUAUAGCCGUACUGUGUACCAGCUACUACACCAAUGGUGGGUGUAGUCGGCCAUACAUGAUACACCCAUGCCGCCCAAUACUGUUAACAGCAGCAUCUAAUGCUGCUGCUGCUGGGUCAUGAUAGAAUGCGACUGGCGUUCAUGGGUAGAUGUUUGGAUUGUAACCCUAGUCACCCUAGGUUGGUUACUAGUGAGCAUGGGCUGUUGUGGAAGUGAGUUCAAGUUACAAGUUCCACACAAAAGUAUGGGGAGCUCGAGCUCCCAGGAUGCCUCCAUAAUGAAAGGCCGGAGGGCCCAUAGGCUGCGGCACUAGCUAGCUAACUGUUGCAGCAGUAAAUAGAAGCACAUGCAUAUUUUCUGUAAAUACAUGCAGAGCUG